AUGAAUUUCGAAAGCCUCCCUUCCAAUGCCCCCAAGGCCUUCCAGGCCGACAUCGAAGCCAACAGUGCUCUGGAGCCGUACCUUACCAACACAUCAGUCCGGUCUUUCAGCUGGCAGGAUGUCAACGUUGUGGUCAAAGACCGCAAGACCAAGCAGCAGUUAUCGAUCCUCUCGUCGAGCUACGGGCAUGUCGAGGCUGGACAGGUGCUCGCCCUCAUGGGUCCCAGCGGUUCAGGCAAGACCACACUGCUCAACGUCCUGGCUCACCGAACGGCCGCAAGUCAGGCAGAGAUCCGAGGCAAGGUUCUCGUCGAUGGACAUGUGAUACAUCGGACCCAACUGCGGCAGCUCUCAAGCUAUGUCGAGCAGGAGGAUGCUCUGAUCGGCAGCCUGACUUGCAAGGAGACGGUGAGCUUCGCCGCAAAGUUCGCGCUCAAUUCAAGUACAACAUCCGCCGAGCGACACCAACGUGUUGAUACACUGAUAGAGUCAUUCGGACUGCAGAAGCAGGCCGACACCAUUGUCGGCACUCCGCUCCAAAAAGGUAUCAGUGGCGGUCAGAAGCGUCGUCUUGGUGUUGCCAGCCAGCUGGUCGCCUCGCCCAAAAUCCUCUUCCUUGAUGAGCCUACCAGUGGCCUCGACUCGGCAGCAAGUCGGGAGGUCAUGAGCUACAUCGCCGAUGUUGCCAAACAACACGGCAUCCUGGUCAUUGCUUCAAUACACCAGCCCUCGACCAGUACAUUCGCCCUCUUCGAUCGAGUCUUGCUUCUCUCGGCAGGCAAAACCUGCUUCUUUGGCCCGACAGAGCACCUAUCAGCGUAUUUCCAGAGCAUUGAGCGCCCUAUCCCAAUCCACGCGAACCCGGCAGAGUAUCUCCUAGAUCAGGUCAACACCGACUUCGCCAAGGACCUCGCUGUGGCCAAGGAACAACUCGCCACCAUCCACAACGCCUGGGCAUCGUCGCCCGAGCAUUCGCAGUUGAUGAGGCAUAUCAACGUGUCGGCCACCGACACCGAGAAAGCCACGGCGAUGCUCGACUCACUCCCCACCAAGCAGAGCCCGUCCGUGGCACUGAUCCUCAUGCAUCGCAACUUCAUCAAGUCGUACCGAGACCUACUCGUCUAUGGGACUCGUGUCGCCAUGUACUUGGGACUGGCAAUCAUGAUGGGAACCGUUUGGCUAAGACUGCCGUACAGCCAAUCCUCCAUACAGCCGUUCAUCAACGCCAUUUUCUUCGGUGGAGCCUUCAAAUCAUUCAUGGCUGUGGCUUAUGUGCCUUCCAUCAUCGAAGAUUUGCACACGUUCAAGAAAGAGCGCGCCAACGGCCUGUACGGACCUCUCUCCUUCACCGUCGCCAACUUCCUGGUCGGCACUCCGUAUCUGUUCCUGAUCGCGCUCCUCUUCUCCGUCGUGUCAUACUGGCUCGCCAACUUCUGGAGCACUGCUGAGGGAUUCUGGAUGUAUGUGAUGUGGCUGUUCCUCGAUCUGCUGGCGGCAGAGGGGCUUGUCGUGCUGGUCACGUCGAUUGCACCCAUCUUUGUGGUGUCGUUGGCCGUCACGGCUUUUGCGAAUGGGUUGUGGAUGUGUGUCGGAGGGUUUUUGGUGCCCAUGGGAACCUUGAAUGUGUUUUGGAAAUACGUCUUUCACUACAUCGACUACCAGGCCUACGUCUUUCAGGGGAUGAUGGUCAAUCAAUUCAAACACACCACAUACCGCUGUGCUGGCAGUGGAGAUGAUGUCCAGUGCAUGUACCCCAGCGACCUUGAAGCUGAAGGUAAGAUUCGGGGUACUGCUGUCCUCGACGCGUACCACUACUCUCACGAGGGCGAGAAGGUGGGACAAUGGAUCGGGAUUAUCAUCGGCAUCAUCGUCGCGUACAGACUACUGGGGUAUCUGACUCUGGUCAUCAAACGACAAUAG